UGAUUCCCAAGUUGAAAUCGUUCUUCUUUCUGUUCCCUGAAUGCUGUGAGUCCAACGACGGCCCUCGCAGCUACUUCCUCCACCUUUAAUUCCUCAAGACUCAUCUUUCAACAGCAACAACUAAUUUCGACAUGGAAAGACGAGCGGCUUCGCCGUCUUCCAACUCUUUCUCAGACACAGAUUCAUAUGAAGAAUCAAAUUCUAUUGACGAAGUGGAAGCCACUCUCAACAACCUGGACGACGAAUUGGAUGAAACUGAACAGGCCCUAUCGACUUGGUCAUCUCAAACACCUUCUACUGGAUAUGGAUCGCACACUGGUACCGGAAGCGGGACGUAUACUGGGUACACUGGAAGUGGAACAUACACACCUAGCGGAACAUUUACGGGAACGAACACCGUUACACAAACGGGCCAAGGCUCUUACACUGGAUCCCCCUCAUUUGUAUCAUUACCAUCUCUGUUCAGCCCUACAGCAGGAUCUUCUUCUCUCCAAUCUUCCUAUCCUCCACCGUCGAAUGCCCCCUGGAUGCGACUGAGUCAUAUAACAGAGAGAACGGAAGGCACAGAGUCCCGCCCUGUUUCCGGUGUUUCCUAUGCAACGAGUGUUCCUGUACGACCCAGAUCAGCUUUUCUUUCCUCAGGCGCAGGUCGACACAGUCGGUCGUCCACCGAUCCGAGCGACUUGCCGCCUCCUGGACGAGCGAACCAGCUCAUAGGCUUAUUUGAAUCAGGUUCUUCUUCAAGAUCUCCGUCGCCAACAAAAAGCACUUCUUCGUUUACGAGGUCACAGACACCCAGUAACUUGUCUUAUUCGACAUUGUUAUCCCCACCGGAUAGACCGUUCACUGCCACUGGAUCGUCUUACACGCCUUCCACGUUCACGAACACUCAGAGCACGUUUACGCAAAGCACCUUCUCUCCUUCUGCAUUCACCACAACCCAAACCGGUACUGGUACAGUUACAGGUAUCACCGGAAGCUCCGAACAGACUCAAACUACUCCCACCUCAUCUUCUCUUCGCCGACCAACCAAACCGGAAGGUUCUCCAAGAAGCCCUCUGACGAAUGUUCGAAACAUCGUGAGUUUGUGGAAAGAACGCACACCCACACGCAAUGAUGGCCCCAAAAAUCCCAGAGGUGAGAUUGUGGCUCCCAGCGUUUCCCCUACUCCGGAUGCUCGUGGACGGAGGGAAGGUCAACCUCAACGGGGUUCGGGUGGAGCCGAUAACGGAGGGCUUUUCGAACUUCGCCGCAGAGCGAGCGGAAAGAGAGCUAGCGCUGAAUCAUUGGGCGGGAGUGAAGGAGAACGUACGAGUAAUGGCAGCAAUGGAGGUAGUAUUGAUAUAAGCGAACUGGGAAAAUUUUUGGGCGGAAACGGGACAGAGACACCGCUUCAUCUUGGAACUUUAUACUACCUCAAUGUCCAUGCAGAGCCUCCUUAUCGAUGGCAGCGAUGUCAAGCACUACUUUAUCGUCAUACACUUCUGUUGUCAUGGUUGGCUCCUACUACUCAAUCUGUACCUGGACCAUCUACUGGUCGGGCACCGUUGGGCCGCGCUGUCGUACAAUUGGAUCUCGUCAACUGUUUUGCGGUUGAGAGUGCUCUUAGCCUCAGUCAUCCUCGUGCUAGAGAUGACGUUGGAGCAAUUGCUGCUAGAGAGCAAGACGCUGGAGCUGACACUGGGCUGAUGGAGUCCCUGGUACCAUUCUGGAUGGUUUAUGGCGAUGGCGUAGAGAGGUUGGCGUGUGAUAGUUUAGUACAGCGAUUAAGAUGGAUUGAAAGAAUCUGGUAGGUUAUCUGAUCAGUUAUAACCUCCAUCGCCAUUCUCAUUCUCUUACAGGGAAGCGAUAAAUACACCCCCGACACCGUCCCUCUCUCGUGCACCA